CCUAUAAAAAUCUCCCUCUAGAUCUUUUAACAAACCAAACUAUUUCAUACUUCAAGAAAAAUGGCUUCUUUGGGUAGUUAUACUUUCUGUAUUCCCUACUUCAUAACUUUCUCAAUCCUCUUGACCCCUUUUUCUCAUGGAGUUUUUCUUGAAGAAAUCUCUGAUAUCGUAGCCUUAAAUUUACGAAGUCAGAAAACGAGCCACCUCCAUUUCUACUUUCAUGACAUCCUAAGUGGAAAAAAUCCUUCUGCAAUCAAGAUCAUUUCACCAGGGGGAGAUGGAAUAUAUGGUUUUGGCAAAACAUUCAUCUUUGAUGAUGCAUUAACCAUAGGGCCUAAUGCAUCAUCUAAAGUUAUAGGGAGGGCACAAGGUAUUUACGCCAUUGCUUCGCAAAGUGAGCUCGCAUUGCUUAUGACUGUGAAUCUUGAGUUCACGGAAGGCAAGUAUAAUGGGAGCGGCAUAAGCCUUCUUGGGAGGAAUCCAGUUAAGAAAGAUGUUAGGGAGAUGCCUAUUGUGGGAGGCACUGGGCUGUUUAGGUUUGCUAGAGGUUAUGCUUUGGCACAUACUUUUUGGAAUGAUAUCAAGAGAGGAGAUGCUAUUGUGGAAUACAAUGUCUUUGUUCAACACUAUUGAAGUAUUUCAUCAAGUGUUUGUGGCUGAUUAGAAGCUAUAGUUAGGAGGAUUUGUGACCAUUUAUUAGUGCAGUCCCAGUCACAAUUACUUUCUCUUUUUCAUUUUUAAUUAUUCCAUCCCUGGCAAGCUAUUGAUUUCUUUUUACUUUUUCUGAAUGUUCUAAAUUAAUGUUUUCUUUGAAUUAAAGAGUUCUGCUACUA